AUGACCUGCCGCCAUGCUCUGGAUAAUAUAAGAACUUUUCACUUCUGAAGACAAGAGGAUGUGCUAAGAAGACCGUUCACUGGGAUGGAUUCCCUGUGAUUUGAUCAGUUACCGCGUUGUGGCCGAGUAAUGGAAGAGGCAAUCGUGCGUUACCGGCGAUAUCGUGCUCUGCAUAUGCAACAGCAUCAACAACGCAUUCGGCACGCAGCGGGUGCCAUCAACCCGGUGUUGAAGGCAGGUGAUAUCAAACGACAAAUCCGCUAUGAAAGAAUAAAUGUGGACGGAGAGGUGCUAAGUUAUUCGGCCAAUGAAAAUGGCCAAGUUGGUGUUUUUGUAGCUGCUCAGCCCCUGUCUCAAGAACGCAAUUAUUUUGAAGUAGAAAUCUUGGAUACAGGGUUCUUCGGUGCCAUAGGUGUAGGUUUAGUGCCAAGUCGCUAUCCGCUGGAUAGUCAGCCAGGGUGGAUUGUGGACUCUGUGGCUUAUCAUGCGGAUGAUGGAAAAUUAUUUAAAUCAAAUGGUCACGGUCGACCUUUUGGCUCCAAGUGCCAUAGUGGUGAUAUUGUAGGUUGCGGAAUCAAGUUUGACCAAGCAUUUGAGGGCGACGAUGAGCGGCAAAGACGAUUAGUACCAGUUUUCUUUACCCGGAACGGCAGAGAGGUUGGUACUGUGCUUGCGCCCAUGCCUGGUGAUGGCCUGUUCCCCGCAGUGGGCAUGCAUUCCGAGGGAGAAGAAGUCAAAAUCAACCUUGACAUUGAGUGGCAACAUCAGGACGUCAUCCUUAUGUCAAUAGACAACACGGAAGAGGAGUGGUCGCGUCUUCACGAUGUCCGGGUGAACGGACAGGUUGGACCUGCGGGCCGAUCUGGACUGAUGUUGGAGUAUACGGGUCGUGGUAAAAGUAUAAUAGACGUUGGCCUUGCUCAGGCCAGAUGGCCACUAGACACAACUAACCAUUAUUUUGAAAUAGAAGUGGUGGACCCUGGUGAAAGCUGUUAUAUAGCCAUAGGAUUAGCUAGACGUGAUUAUCCCAAACAUCGGCACCCUGGCUGGAACAAGGGGUCUAUAGCUUACCAUGCAGACGAUGGCAAAAUAUUUAUAGGGAGUGGAGUGGGAGAUCCAUUUGGGCCAAGAUGCCAUAAAGGUGAUAUAAUGGGCUGUGGUAUAUUGUUUCCUCGAGACUAUAGCAGUGAGCUGGACAGUGAUGGGUCACAGGAUGCCUCACCAGAUGGGUCGGAGAGCCCGGACGAUCUCCUGGAGUUGGAGUUGGAUUCUGAGUCAGAGGACGAGGAGUGGUGGGAAAGACCAUGUGCUGAGAAUGGUACAAAAGUACAGGUAAAGGUUUUCUUCACGAGAAAUGGUAAAACGAUUGGACGGAGAGAAACUCGCAUUCCAAGGGGAGGGUUCUAUCCUACAGUGGGCAUGCUCAGUAGUGAUGAGAAAGUCAAGGUGGACCUUCGACCUUUGACUGGUUAGAAACCAUCGUGAGGUGUAAUGCCAAGAACGCUAUCUGUUGACCUUAGACCUACUGACAGGAAGAUGUUGUUGGAUGUGCUUCCUGUUAGUUGACGUUCUCGUUUCGCUGAUGGAGGUCUCAUGGGAGUGUUGUCAGCAAAAUGACAUCUGCCAGUUUGACCCAGGCGACCUUUGAUUGUUGUCUGAAAGAACACCAGGCUUCCAUAGUUCGUUUGCUGACAAUACUUCUGUGGUGUUAUCUCAGUUAUUGAUUCAUACGAAAGUCAGAAUUCGCAUAGGCUCUGUGUGGAUGAAUCAAGAAUUAAUAAAGACUAGUCUUUAUUAAUUCUUGAUGAAUGUGGUGCUCUUUAUUUUUUACCCUGUAUAAUUGUAUGCUUGAUUUGCAUGUACCUUAUGUGCACACGCAUGUUGAUUCUUAUAGAAUGAUGCAAGUGUCUGUACAUUUGGUUCUGCUUGCUGUGUUGACUGGUAUAUUUGAUGUACAGCAUGUUCCGAAAAUAAUGUUAUGAAGCUAUGAUAUAAGAAGCGUCCUCUGACUCGGUAAUCAAACUAAACAGGGCCUGGUCAUUCUGGUUUCCUGUUCUUCUAUGACAUACAUUUUUGCCUGUGUUUCAAGACUUAAUUGUAUCUUUUUGGGAACUUGUUGUGUAUCAAAUAUACAAAUUGAUUCAGUUUUCACCAAUAAUGUGAUAUAUAAUGAUUUUGAGUUGAAAGAUGUUGUGUCUUGUGUUCAUCAAGACUAGUUGGGCAUUCGCUUGUUAUUAAAGGAAUUGGGGAUACUGAAAAAUGCAGCUUAUUGAAAAAAUUAAUUAGUUUUAAAACUUAAAAACUUAACAUCUUUGAGUGGGUGUGUUAGUGUUAACAUCUUUGAGGGGGAGUAGUUCCUUGGUAUGCAGUUUGCACCUUAUCUGAAAAAAGCAAAUUUUUAACUUGUAUACCAGGAUCACUAUUUCACCAUUUCGGAAUUCCAAUACUUUGUUGGCUUGUUAUCGUUGAUAUUUGUCUCGGGUGGGGGGGGGGGGGGGCAUUAGAAGUAUCCCUAAGUUGCCCUGUUUGGAUUAGACUAGUGAUGGGAUGAAUUGGUUAUCCUCUGUCUUUCAUUAUUGAUAAUCAAAUCAGUUUCAAGUGCAGAGGGAUUUUGUAAUCCUUUUUUUUGUAUUAACCUUUUGAAGUUUUGCUCAGAUUCUAAGAUUUGAUGGCAAAUUGUUGCGUUUUCUGUAAAAAACCUGUUAGUUUGUUUUUUGGCAAUCAUUAAGUAAAUAUCUUUGAGAAAGAGUGAUUGAAUUUCCUCUCUUACUAUUUGAUUAAGUUUAGGUUGGGAAAAGAUGAGACAGCUGCAAGAAUUAUAGAAACAGAGACAUACUCAUUGGGACCUAUGUGAAAUGGGUUUUUGUACGGUUGAAUUUGGUUGAGGGUCACAGAACAUUCGCCAAAAGCACUUUCAAUGCACGCUGUACUUAUUAGUUAUUUCAUGAUUAGUGCAAUAUCACUUAUAAGUAUAUACUUCAUUGGUGGAAAAAAGGAGACAAAUUUGAUAAAAGCAGUAAUCACAACAAUUUAAAUGUCUUGUCUGCGAUGAGGCAUAGCAUUCUUGAGAUUGAACGAAGUUGCUGUUAUCCUAAAAAUGUUUCGUCUGUAAGUAUCUGAUCUUUGUAUUUAGUUGGAUUUUCAUCUAUGCAAUUCAGUUUGAUAUUUAUAAACCUUGCUAUACGUACUUAAAUAUGUUUUACUCCCGAGUUGAAAAUAUGGUAGCUCAGUUGUCAUAGGUUUGGAACUCAUUGUCUUAUUUCUAUAUCCCGGUACACAAUUUGCCUGGGUCUGGCCUCAUCUUAGUUCGAACUGUAUUUAAAUCGUAGAUAUGAAGAAAAGACAAGUGAUGAUAUUUUUUGCUUUUCUCCACUUUUGACUAUUCUUUUCUUCUUGCCAUUUUGAGUUUUGUUCUUCCGUUUAUGCUGUUGACAUUCACAAGUCUUGAAAGAUACAUGUAGGAUGUUUUGUUGAAGGAAGUUGAACAAAAGGUGAAAAUGAUCACUGUCGUCUGUCAGAUAAAGUAUUGGACCUGAAGGGAUAUCUGUUGUUAGUUAUAGGUUAUGACAUUAAAGUUGAAUCUGGUAGUUGAAUUCUUGUAAGAUUUUCCAUGUGGUGUGACCAAGAUAAAAACGUAGAUAAACAUUUUUUAGAUUGAAUUUAGUUGAUGACUGCUGAUAUAUAUAAACAUUAAAAGGGUGGCUCUGAAGUGCCAACUAUCACACAAGGUGCAAUGGUAUGUAAAGUGGACUCAUUCAUGGGUUGGCUAUUCAAAUGUUAACCCAAAUGAAAGUAUUACCAGUCAUCAACUGAUCUUCAGACAGUCAAGCUUAAUAGUGCUACCAAGAAUAUGUGCUUCUCUAGUUACUCAAUGUAUUGACCAGUGUUGUCUGCUUCCUGUGUAACCAUAGUUGACAUGUCCUCCUUUGGAUGUAGAAAUUACGAUCCAAACAAUUAUUGAAAGAAGGUGUUGACAAUACCACUGGUUGUCUUCCUGCUUAUUAAUAUGGCCUGAAAGUGGCACCUGUAGUUUUGUAUAGUUUGUGUUCUUACUCAAGAUAUCUGAUAUCAAGAUAGGUAAUCGGUGAUGUAGCUGGGAGCUUUUGAGCGGGUCUUGAUGGACCACUGAGCUGCUUGUGUCAGUCUUUUGAAUGAGUUGUACAUUGUGACUUACUCGAAGGUGAAUUUUUCAUCAAGUUCUGAUCUCAGAAUUGUCAUUUUCCCUGCGAAUUAGAUUUUGUUGGAAAAUUUAGAAUGGAAGUAUUCCUAUUUCUAGCAAAACUGUUUAAAGUAUCAAAUUCACAUCUCAAUGUUGUAUUAAAAUUGAUGACCACUUAGCUGCUUGUGUCAGUCUUUUGAAUGAGUUGUACAUUGUGACUUACUCGAAGGUGAAUUUUUCAUCAAGUUCUGAUCUCAGAAUUGUCAUUUUCCCUGCGAAUUAGAUUUUGUUGGAAAAUUUAGAAUGGAAGUAUUCCUAUUUCUAGCAAAACUGUUUAAAGUAUCAAAUUCACAUCUCAAUGUUGUAUUAAAAUUGAUGACGCUCCAGUUUCUGCUUAGGCAUUUGCUGCAUUUUUUCAAAUAAUCAAUUUUCUAUUUUUUUCAAGAAAAAAACAUGUUAUCCAAAUUUAGAUUGAUAGUUGUGAAUGUUGGUUGAUGUUGAAGCUUUUAUAAUAAUAUUGUUGAUGUCACGAUGUAACAGACGUGUAUUGUUAAAGCAGACUAUAUGUAACCAUGGUAACCUUUGAAAGUUUCUCUUCAUGUUUGCCUUUUGAAAAUAUUUUGAAGACAAUGUGUUGAUUUUGAAUUUGUAAGCCAGUGUUUUGCUCACAGUUAUACAGGUGAACUUGUUAGAUGUGCAUCAGGUAUCACUGAUACUAUAUGGACGUUUGACGAGUUACCUCUCAUGUACAAAAAAGAUCUCUAUCGGAGAGUAAAUAGGGUAAAAAGUCUGUGUGUUUGUUCACAUGGUUUGAUUUAUGAAUUCUAAAAUACAUGUGUUGUAAUGCACCAUAAUUCAUUAUUAGUCUUUUGAAACUGAUUUAUAUAUCCUUCUAGACAAUUAAUUUCAAUGAUUUUUUUCUUCACUCUUGGAAUUAAGCCAGAACCAAGUUUUCCACAAAAAUGACUUCUUCAUCCUGUUAUGUUUAUUGCACACCGUUAGUUUUCUCACCCUGUCUGUUUCAUAAAAGUUGUUGCUUCCGGAGGAUUAGUCGGUAUUUGUCAGAAAAUUUACCAAUGAAUCACAUAGAUCAUGAUAUGGAUGUUACCACCUACGAAUGGUCAUGUCAAUAGGUUUUGCAGAAUUCUAACCUAUUGAACAAUUUAUUAAAACCCUCACUUGGCAAGAAAGGAUUCGGUCAGUGUUUUUGUUAUCCAAGAGGAAUGGAUUAGAAUUGACUGUGAGCGAUGAUGCAUUUAUCAGGCGAGGAUAACAGUAUUUAUGACAGAACAGCCACAUGUGACUUCAUUGCUCCCUGAUUUGCAAGGUACAAGUCGGUUAAAGAAAGUAAUUGUCUAAAUUUUCGAGGAGUGAAUGUCAGGCUCCUCUUGAUAUUGGCCGCUGGAGUCUUUUACCCUUUCUUGAUCGUUCCACACAGAUCUUACCUCUCAAUGUUGAUGCUUUAAAAGAAUUUAAGGGAUGUCCCCAUGUCUGGUUGAAGGUCGAUGUUUUGACUGUUCUGUCCUGAAUAUGUUCCUUUCUUUAUGUUGGUCUUGUUGGUGGUGAAACUAUUUGUUAAGAUGUAGGUUUGUAAAUAAGUUUUGGAUAAAGUAAAAUACUGAUUUUAAGUAUGCAAGAUUUUAUUUUGGUUUAAAUUUGUAUAUAGUGUCUGGCUGUUUGCAAAGCUUUGAAUAAAGCCAUAUUUUAAGUAAAAUA